AAAAUUUUGUCUUAGGAAGAAGGUUCUCUAAGUAGGCACGCAAAAGAGCGCACAAAUAAGGUAUGACAAAAUGGUUCCCUUCAUGCGAGGGCAAUGAUAUCAAUUCAUAUGAAAGAGGAGAGAAGUAGAGAAGGGGUGCUAGCCUAUCAUCUGCUGUGGCUCAGAGAACCUUUUCCCACCAAGACCAGUUACUGUUCCACCAGUGAUCCAAUCUAAUCCCAAAAAGAUCCGAAAAAAAGUAUUGAGAGAGAGACAAACUUUCAUGUAUAUGGAACUGCAAGACGCUGCCUAAAAUAUGCAGAGUGGUCACUGGGUUUACUUGGAAGGGAAUUCUCUGAUCAAAAUUUUGUUUUUUAGCUGUGUGGAUUCACGCGACCUCCCGCAUCAAAUGCCAUUAUAAUGCAUGCUCACAUCUCACAAGAAGUUGGUGAAGUGAUUAACUGUGAAGUCAAGCAGUGAGUUUUUAGUUGCAGAAUCAUAGAUGUAUUGAACCUUCUACGGUCCGUUGAGAGAAAAGGAAGAAAUAAAAUACCAGAGAAAAUCAAAGAGUAGUUAACUUGCAACUGCGGCUUCAUCUUCCCAAGUCCCACCCCAUUUAAGCUUCAGAGUUCAGGACUUGUCUUGACUAGUUCAGGAAGCAUGUAUGACAAGUCUAGAACUUAAAAACACUAUAGGAUCAUCAGGAUCAGGUUUUUAUAAGCCACCACCAGCCAAGAGGACGAGGUGGAGUAACAAAGUUAUUAAUUUAACAAGAUGAAUUUACUGCUGAAAUAUGUACCUGUUCCUCCCAGGACCAUCAGAGGUUGGGACAUCAUGGAGGGUGGCAGUUCAUUCAAGGAAGUUGGCACUUCAGUCAGUCCUGAAGGACAAUCAACCAGAAAAAUGUCCGCAUUGGAAACACUACACCAAAUGUACAUGGAGAAGUCAUCAAAGGUUCAAGAACUAAAGACUGAAAUUGAGUUGGUGAAGCAUCAAUUGGAGAAGGAUAUUCCAGAUGAACGUGAGAAGGGUUUCAAAGCAUUAAGCAAAAAAUAUGACAGGCUGAGGACUGAGUACAAUGCAUUACUGCCCAAGAAGGGGGAACCAGGGAAAUAACUGUUUAUGUAAGUAGUGGAACUUAAAACAGCACUCUUUUAGUAGGAGAUACAGCAAAAUUUAUCCAACUAGCUUUCUGCAACUCCUUGUUAUCCUCACUUUAUAUGUUCACGUAUAAUCACUGUUUCAAGAAUUGGG